AUGUCUGUGCAUCAAGGUUGGGCAGAUCUACCAGAUGUCCUGCUUCAUUCCAUCAUUGCUCUGACAGGCUCCUUCUCCGACCUCCUUGCCUUGGCUUGCACCUGCCGCUCUUGGCGUGAGGCCUUCUUCUCUUUUCCAUCAAAGUCUGCCUCCUCGACGAUCUUCCCGCCUGUGCUCCUGCAACCUGAUGUCCCCGGGCGCUCUCCAUGUCACCACCCCUUUGGUGAUAAACGUCCAUGUCAGGUCAUUGAUCCAGCCAGCCAACACUCGCGCCUUUGUUGUCAGAUUCCCUUAAAUCACCUUUCUCGUUGCCCCCAGAGUCCUCUCGGUAGCUUUUGCUUCCUGGGUGCUUCUUAUGGCCAUCUCAUCUUCUCCAGCAACAGAUCAUGUCUCGUUGUUGAUGCAUUUACAGGUGUUAGUUUUUCACCACCACAGAUUCCGGGUGACGAAUUCACUGAGGUCUACUACGGUGCCCUCACGGCUCCUCUAGCGUCACCCAACCCACAUCUCCUUGUCACCAACGGAUCUCACAGUUACUUUUGGCGUGUUGGUAGUCACUCUUGGUUGAGAGCUUGUCCUUGCGAUGGAACGGUCAAGCAGAUCGUCACCUUCAAAGGCCAGGUCUUUGGCAUGGACUCUGGUGGCAUGCUCUUCGUUAUGCACUUGGUGCCUCGGAUUCGCGUACGGAUGAUGGGAGUCAGUUGGGGGGAAAUCUCCACGCGUCAUCUUGCCAACCUAUACCUGGUUGCGUGUGGCGAUAUGCUUCUCUUGGUCGGGUGUCGGGGGUCGUUUCCGGCAAGAGGGGAUUCCUUCGAAGCCUUCCGCCUUGACCAGUCGACCGAACAUGCAAAGUGGGUGAAGGUGGAGGAGUUGAAGAAUUGGGCGAUCUUCAUCAGCACUGACAAGAGAAGCCAACCAUUAUCCUUCAUGAACCCGGAAAGGUGGGGAGGGAGGAGCAACUGCGUGUACUACUAUUCCCAUGAUUCUGAACACUGGGCUGCAUUUGAGUUGGGAAAGCCUGCCUCCAGCCGAAACAGCUUUGUUUUCAUAAGCUCUAGCAAUGUAGUGCAACCUACGUGGGUUGUCCCUAGCAUGUUCUCCCAGUGUGGUGAUGGUUGA